CUCGGCCGGGAGUCGCGCCAGUCGGUGCCCCCAGCGGAGCGCGGUCGGCCUCAUUCUCAGAGAUCAUCUGUCCAGAGUGUGGCCAGAGGGCAUGUGGGAUCCACCAGGGGCGCCGCCGCCGGCGCUCGCAGGCCGCGGGUGAAGAAGAAAGUGCGGCCUCGCUCAGCCCGGAGCGAAGAAGUGGCCGGGAGCGAAGACGUGACCGGGAGCGAAGAGGUGACUGAGAGCGAAGAAGUGACUCUAAGCGAAGAGGUAGCCCUAAGCGAAGAGGUGGCCCAGAGUGAGGAAAUGGCGGCAGCCGGGCUCAUCGUUACCGUCACCCACAGCAAUGAAAAGCACGAUCUUCAUGUUACUCCACAACAAGGCUCUAGUGAACCAACUGUCCAAGACCUGGCCCAAGUUGUUGAAGAGGCCACAGGGGUCCCACUACCUUUUCAGAAACUCAUAUUUAAGGGAAAAUCUCUGAAAGAACUGGAGAAGCCAUUGUCUGCACUUGGGAUACAAAAUGGUUGCCGGGUCAUGUUAAUUGGGAAAAAGAAUAGUCCAGAAGAAGAGGUUGAACUAAAGAAGCUGAAAGAAUUGGAGAAGUCUGUGGAGAAAAUAGCUAACCAACUGGAAGAGUUGAAUAAAGAGCUUACUGGAAUCCAGCAGGGUUUUCUGGCCAAGGAUUUGCAAGCUGAAGCUCUCUGUAAACUUGAUAAGAGAGUAAAAGCCACAAUCGAGCAGUUUAUGAAGAUCUUGGAGGAGAUUGACACACUAAUUCUGCCAGAAAAUUUCAAAGACAGUAGAUUGAAAAGGAAAGGUUUGGUGAAAAGGGUUCAGGCUUUUCUAGCUGAGUGCGACACAGUGGAGCAGAACAUCUGCCAGGAGACAGAGCGCCUGCAAUCUACAAACUUGGCCCUGGCCGAAUGAGGUGAGGUGGAGACAGAGAGGCUGUACUGCCUUGACGAACAGCACUACCCACUCUGCCCUCUCUGGAACAGAAGAUACCGGAUUUCUCUAGAGCUGCUGGGGACAAUUGGCCAAUUACCAGUUUUCUUUCUCCUACACCUGUUCUCAAUGAACAAGUAUUGUCUUUACAAUCUUAAGUAGAGCUCCUGUCUGUUUUCUCAUCUGUCUCUGUGCAGCUGUGCUAUCCAGCAGCCCACCUUGUCUGGGGAUGGCCUACCCUGCCCAAGUCUUCUCAGCUCUUUUGACUUUUGGGUACUUUCUUUAGACUAGUGAGAGCUCUCAUUCAUCCUGACGUAGUUCCGGUACAUAGGCCACCCUGGUCUUCAGAUACCUGAGGCGUUUGUGCUUUUGUGAUCCUGUAGCCCCAUAGCUGUAAACCAGAAUCACCGGAGGUUGCAUCUGGUCAGGAGUGUUGGGAAUGGCUCGGAACUGGUGUUUGGCACAAAGGUAGUCCAAGUAUCCCUCGUCGUGACCUAAUUCUGGAGUAGUUGGCUGGGUCGUUGGUUCACAGACCCUGUCCUCACCUCCCAAUAACUCUGCCCAGCCACAGGCCACGAGAUCUCUAGGGGUUUAUUCCUGGGGUGGGGCCUGUGGCUGAUGCGUGGACGUUCUUGUGCCUAAGCAAAUCUGUGGAAGGUUGGAACCCAGUGUUGACUGAAUCUCUACUUGAAACCAGGUCAGAACCAUGGCUCAGGAAAGGAAGAGAGGGGAGCCAGAGUGAGUAAGACAGGCAACUGUAAACUUCUCAAGAGUUCCUUCAAAGGCAUUUCUGUUAGCAGUAGCCUUCUGAGAUUAUAUUUCCUUCAAGGCUGUUUCUGUCUCUUGUGGCCUCACUCCGCCCACCCCACCCCACCCCACCCCCACUCAUUGUUAUUUAAAAAACAGUUUGUAUACAAAUCAAGCAGAAGAGUGUUUAAACUUUUCUUUGAAGUAUGAGAAGCAAAAGUCUCUGGUUCUAGUCAUAAUUUUAAUAAAGUUGAGAGUGGCCCUGUGUGCUAGAAUUUUUUAAAUGGUCAGCUGUUGUCACCCCAUUUUUUUCACACAGUGCCCAGGAGACAAGUUCCUGACAGGCCACUCUGAAGCCAACCUUAUUUGGCAGAGAGGGCAUCACUGAAUCCCCAGGAAUUUAGGACUGCGUGGGUGGGACCUAGGAGAAGGCUGUGGUAGGGAUAGAGAAGUGCAUGAGGCUCAGGGCCCAGCCGAUCCUACCCCCGACUAUAAUUAGAGCAGUUUGGUAGUUACCUGUUUUUAUGUGGUAGCUGUUUGACACAGCAUUUAAUGAAAAGUCACUGUGUUCCAGAUAACUUUUAAGUAGUUUAGAUGUAUUAGUUGUUUAAUUCUCAUACAACCUAGAAGGUAAACAGAUACUAUCCCAUUUUAGAGAUGAGGAAACUGAGAAAGCUUAGAUAAUUUGCUCAAGGUCGUAGAGUAAGUAGCAAAGCCAGAACACCAGUCUGGGCAGUUUGAUCCAGAGCCCAUGCUCUUAAUCUCUACAGUCCUGCCUCCCAGCCAACACAGGGUUAUGUGUUCUCAUUUUCUCUCUUCCUCUCCCUCUGUCUCCCAUAUUGGUCUCUCCACUUCCUCUCUGGUCCUCUUCAGUUCAUUCUCCACAGAGCAUCUUGAGUGACUAUUAAGUACAAAUCUUAUGUCACUCCCUUGCUUAAAAAUCUCCAAUGGCUUCCAAUUUUUCUUAGGAUAAAGGCCAAAAUCCUUACCCUACACCCUCUUUUAGCUCAUCUCAGGCCACUCUUCUGUUUGCUGUUUGUGGUCAGCUGCUCUGGUCUUCAUUCAGGUCCUCAUAUGCUCUCUACCCUCUUUUAUCCUGGGCUCUUUACACACUCUGGUCUUCUUGGACAGCUCCUCACCACCCUUCCUUCACUCUCACCCCUUUCCUAGGUAACUCCUGCUCAUCCUUCAGAACUUAAACCUCUCUUCCUUGGAGAAACCUUACCUACUGUCUGAGAACAUAUCAAGUCCCCUCUCACAGCUUGCCAUAACUUUUCUUUUGCAGCAUGUAUCAUAGUCUGUGAUGAUUUCUUUAUGGGAUUAUUUUAUUUAAUAUUUGCCUUUAACACUGGACUGUAUGUAAAUUCCUUGGGUUAAGGAGCUACUUUGUUUUGUUAAUAGCAUCUUUUUGAAGCAUAUUGUCUGGUUUAUAGUAGAUGCUCAAUAAAUUUUUGGAGAACGAA